AUGAGCCACUCGUACACCCCGCGAACGAGACUGGGGCACACGGCAGCAUCGCCCUCCCCGCUGCGCCAGACCUCGACGGCUUCCAAUGGCUCGACAAAUUCACAAAACCCCGCGAGCCGGUCGAGCACCCAGUCCAGCAAUGCUUCGUACGGUCCCGUGACAACAAGCCACCGCCGCGGCAUGAGUGAAGCCACUGCACUUUCACAACCGCGCCCUGGACCCUCCUUUGGCUCCGGAGACGCUAACCCAGGGAGCACAUACUCGAGCAUGCGCAACGCACUGCGCCCAACCCAGCAGGUCCCACAGAGCUCACCUAUUCCCGACAGGUCUGCCCGCCCGCCGACAGAACUGCCAACACACUCCCACGUCCGGUCACAGAGCGUCGAGAACACGCGCUACCAGCCCUUCGAUGGCUCCGUCUCCCCGCCCAAACCGCGCCCGUUGUCCAUAGCCAUAUCCCGCGCCGACUCGAUACGCGCGCCGACUCGUGACCACUCCUCUCGCCCUCUUUCGGUACAUCUCGAGCAACCGGCGCUGCAGAACCUGCACAAGUCGACGACAGGACACUUGCGCACCUUAUCGAAAUUCGCCCAGUCAGGAACCGAAGAUGCCUUCACAAUCAAGUCUCCCGAGCAGGAGGUCGUGGGUCUCCACGGGCGGAGAAGAUUGCAGCGCACCGACCCUAUGCGAGAGAAGAAGGCAACAUCGUCGUGGGCUAGUAGGAACUGGAUGGACCAGCAACGCCAGUUUUUGCAGGCAUACGAAUAUCUCUGUCACAUUGGAGAGGCCAAGGAGUGGAUGGAGGACAUCAUCGAAUCAGAGCUGCCGCCCGUUGUGGAACUGGAGGAAGCUCUGCGAAACGGUGUGACGCUGGCCGAGAUUGUGCAGGCCAUCGAACAGCAUCCAUUGCGCAUAUUUAGGGACCCAAAACUCCAGUACCGCCACUCCAACAACUACGCCCACUUCUUCAAGUUUCUGACCGAAGUCGAACUACCAGAUCUGUUCCGCUUUGAGCUGAUCGAUCUGUACGAGAAGAAGAACGUUCCUAAAGUCAUCUAUUGCAUCCACGCUCUCUCAUGGCUUUUGUUUCGCAAAGGCAUAGUCGACUUCCGUAUUGGAAAUCUCGUCGGUAAGCUCCAGUUUGAAGAUCAUGAGUUGGAAGCCACGCAGAAAGGUCUGGACAAGUCUGGCGUUAGUAUGCCUAACUUCUCGGGCAUGCAAGCAAACUUCGCCGUUGAACCAGAACCAGAGCCAGAGCCAGAGCCUGAGGAGACCGAGGAAGAUCGCGUUGACCGCGAACUCGCAGAAAAUGAAGAAAUCAUCUUGGAUCUACAAGCGCAGAUGAGGGGUGCUCUACUAAGGAUACGGCUUGGGAACCUGAUGCAAGACCUUUGGGACCACGAACACCUCAUUGUGGAUUUGCAGUCGCGCAUUCGUGGCGACUGGGCCAGACAGAUUGCCUACUACAAGCUGGACAUGCGACGAUUCUCCAUCAACCUUCAAAGCGCGGCAAGAGCAUAUGUUGUUCGAUCGAGGUUGCGAGGCAAGGAGGAAUACUGGCGGGAUAGGGAGGAACAAGUGCUGAAGGUGCAGAAUCUAUUCCGAGGACGAAAAGCGAGAGUCCAAGUUGAAUACACCAAGUCGAAAGUCCAGCAACACGAGAACGGGAUCCGACAAUUCCAGGCAGCUAUUCGGGGAGCGCUAGAACGGCUUCGUGUAUCCAACAGCUAUGAACAGACACGCGACACAGAACCUUCCGUAGUGCAUGUGCAAGCCAUGAUCCGCGGAGCCCUUCUGCGACUCCAGGUUGACCGAGAGUGGGCAGAGCUGAAAGAAAACGAGUAUCAAGUUACACAGUUCCAGUCUGCCGCACGGGCAUUGCUUGUGCGAGAUAGUGUCGGUCGAGAUUGGGCGGAACUCAACGAGGCUGGACUGCAGAUUACACAACUCCAGGCGGCCUGUAGAGCUAUGCUUUUGCGACAGAAGGUCGGUCAGGACUGGGCUGAACGGCAAGAACACGACCACCAAGUCAUUCAGUUUCAAGCUAUUGCUCGGGCACUCCUCGUGCGAGGUCAGAUCGGCCGGGAUCUGGCAGAGCUGGAGGAAGUUGAGCCUCAAAUUGCACAACUCCAGGCAGUCUCCCGGUCGUUGCUCGUGCGAGGUCAGAUCGGCCGAGAUUUGGCAGAACUGGAAGAGGUUGAACCACAGAUUGCGAAGCUUCAGGCAGUCUCAAGAGCGAUGAUUGUGCGACAGACUAUUGAUCGACAACACAUGGAGCUAACUCAGAAGGCGUCACAGAUUGCGCAGCUCCAGGCUGUGACCCGAGCGAUGCUCCUGCGUCAGUCAAUGCGAACCGACCAGGAAAGCCUCCGACAAAAUGAGUCUGUCGUUUCUCUUUUGCAGGCCGCUGCCCGAGGCAUUAUUGCUAGACGGAAGAAUGCUGAGGUGCAGGAGCAACUGGAGAGCUCCGAUGUAGAUUGGUCUGACUUGCAGUCCACAAUACGCGCGAACUCUCUGAGAAACUCCGUUAAGCAGAUGCAAGAUGAACUACACGUUGAGGAGCCGCAGAUUAUCGACUUGCAGGCUAUAUCAAGAGCAGGCAAGGUCCGAUCAGAGGUUGCAGACACUCUCGCGCAGCUCGACAGCCAAGGAGAUGUCAUUACUUCACUACAGGCUUAUAUGCGGGGCUUCAUCUCUCGACAGCGACACUUUUCGGACCUCGCAGAACUCCAUGCUCAGACGCCUGCCAUUCUUGACUUCCAAUCAUCUUGCCGGGGAUUUGUACAACGGCAGCAAACAUAUGAGACACUCUGUGAUCUCAAUGCUCAGGAGCCCGAGAUUGUCGAGAUCCAAGGCUUCGCACGUGGCAUGUUGCUGCGGAUGGAGAUUGGGAUCCAGCUUGGUCAAGUUGAGGAGCAUGAAGAGGCCCUCGUGGAGUUGCAAGCCCUCGCUCGUGGCAUGGUGAUUCGACAGCAUUAUGCCGAGAAGCAGCAACAUUACCAGGAAAACAUGCAGAAGGUCAUAAAGAUUCAGAGCUUCAUACGUGGUCGCCAACAAGGAGAAGCAUACAAGAGCUUGACUAGCGGAACAAACCCUCCUGUCUCAACGGUCAAGAAUUUUGUUCACCUCCUGAACGACAGCGAUAUCGACUUCGACGAGGAGAUUGAAUUUGAGCGCCUCCGAAAGACCGUGGUGCAGCACGUGCGACAAAACGAGCUUGCAGAGCAAUAUAUUGAUCAGCUGGAUAUCAAGAUUGCGCUGCUUGUCAAGAACAAAAUCACACUGGAUGAGGUUGUCAAGCAUCAGAAGCAUUUCGGCGGCCACGUCGGAACGCUUCUCAGCAGCAAGGACAUCUCCUCAAAGGAUCCUUUUGAUCUGAAAGCUCUCAACAAAACCUCUCGCAGAAAGCUGGAGCAUUACCAGGAAUUGUUUUUCAUCCUGCAGACACAGCCUCAAUAUUUUGCACGACUUUUUACUCGUAUCCGUGACCAGAACCUCGCCGAGAAAGACACAAAGCGCAUCGAGCAAUUGACGAUGAGCCUGUUUGGCCUGGCGCAAAAGGCCAGGGAAGAGUACUGGCUACUCAAACUGUUGGCGCGGUCUUUGAAGGAGGAGAUCGAGGGAUGCGCAGCGCUGCAAGAGUAUCUGCGAGGAAACUUUUUCUGGUCUAAACUCUUCAGUGGCUAUGUCCGAUCACCACGCGACCGCAAGUUUCUGAAAGACGUAUUGGGAGCAGUAAUUCGAGAGAACAUCAUCGAGAACGAGCACUUGGAUCUGGAGAGCGAUCCAAUGCAGAUCUACCGAUCAGCAAUCAACAACGAAGAGCUUCGCACUGGUCAACGCAGUCGCCGCGAUCCAAACGUGUCCCGCGACGUGGCACUCAAAGAUCCCGAGACUCGGGGUACUUUCAUUCAUAACUUGCAAGAUCUCCGAGACGUUGCAGACCAGUUCUUCUCCAUGCUUGAGGAAGUUCUCAACCGGAUGCCGUAUGGAGUUCGGUACCUUGCCCAGCAGAUGUUUGAAGAGCUCCGCCUCCAGUUCCCGUACGAAGCAGAGGAGCAGCUUCUACAGAUCGCUGGUCAUUGGGUCUGGAAGACUUACCUGCAGCCUGCGCUGAUGCAGCCACAGCAUUGGGGCGUCGUCGACCGCGGCAUGUCACCUGUUAUGAACAGGAACCUUGGUGCGGUCGCGAAGGUAUUGGGCCAAGUCGCAGCAGGCAAGCUCUUUGGCGGAGAGGAUCUCUACCUGCAGCCUCUCAACAGCUACAUUACUGAAGCUAUUGACCGUUUGCAGGACAUUUGGUCAAAUUUGAUCAACGUCCGCGCCGCCGAGGCUCAGUUUGAGAUUGACGAGUUCAACGACUUGUUCGCACGAACGAAGCCAACACUCUACAUCAAACUUGCAGACGUUUUCGCCAUCCAUAACCUUGUGCUUGAUGACCUGUCCACCCUGUGUCCUUCUCCAGACGAUCCCCUGCGCGAGGUCAUUCGAGAGCUUGGUAGCGCCAAAAACAACGAGAACGAGCUGCUGCACGUCAGCUCCACCGAGAUCACCUUGACUCUCACCGGCAAGUUCCAUGAACAAGAGGAUCCUGACGCCGCGAUCAAAUCACUCUUCAUGGAGACGAAACGCUACAUCCUCUACAUCAUCCGUGUGCAAACCGGCGCCAACCUCACCGAGAUCAUCUGCAAGCCCGUCACUCCCGAAGACGAAGAUCGCUGGGACGCCAUCAUCCGCGAAGAGCUCGCCGCCCAAACCAAGGACCGGUCACGCAAAUACAACGCAGUCCGCUCGUCAGCAUCCUCAACCUACACGACCGACAUGAGCGCAAACUCCGUCUUCGAACUCGACUACCCCUCCCUCAAGCAAUACUGCCUAGAAAACAUGGUGCAACUCCAACGCGCCGGGCGCAUCUCCCCGCACAACAACUACCAAGACCUGCUCAACGCCAUCGCAGUCGACAUCCGCACCAAGCACCGCCGGCGCAUCCAGCGCGCCAAAGAACUAGACGGCGUCCGCACCAGCCUGGCCGCCCUCGACGAAAAAGCCCACUUCCUCGACCAGCAACUCAAAUCUUACAACGACUACAUCGAACAAGCCAUGUCGACGCUGCAAACCAAAAAGGGAAAGAAGAAAUUCCUCCUCCCCUUCACACGCCAGUACAACCACGUCCGCGAACUUCAGCGCUCGGGCCGCGAAUACAGAUUCGGCUCCUUCAAGUACUCUGCACGCAACCUGGCCGAGAAAGGCAUUCUGGUGUCUUGGAAUGGGUAUCCAGAGCGCCAGUGGGACCGCCUCGAUAUGACGAUUAGCUCGAAUCAGACGGGUGUUUUUGAGAUCCAGGGCUCCCAGGGGAGUACGAUGAUUCCGGGCGCCCUGGCGGAGGUCCCCCUCGAUGGACUCCUGCAGGCGCAGUUCGAUAAUCACCAGUUUAUGAAUCUUUUUGGGGAGGGGAGGGAUGGGUCGGGGGGCGGGGCCGUCAGGGUUAAUGUUAAUCUGUUUUUGCAUUUGAUUUUUAAGAAGUUUUAUCGAGAGGGGUAG